CACGUGGAGAGAGAACACAAAUAGAAGAAAUGAUAGAAAAGGCAAACCAACCGUUUGAGUUUGAGGAUGGCCCCAAUUGACCAACUUCCUCGGUGUAUUUUAAUGAAGAGAAUCUAUUUGUAAACGAUAGAUGGGGAAAGCAAAAUCCAAACUUCAUUACUCUUAUUUAAUUUUAAUGCUCCUCAAAUCCCAAAACGCUCCUUCUUCUCCUUCCCAUCUUAACUUUGAACCACUUUCACUGUAUUUGGUCCUCAUUUCCAUGCCUUAUAAUUGGCUAAUCCUUCUUGGUUUUCACUGUUUUUGGAUUACCAAAAUGGACCCACAUUCAAUUCAGCUCUUAAUUCUCUGAUUUUGGGGAUUUGAUGGGAUCGCUUCUAAAAGGGCAAUACCAAUAAUACUCCAAACGUCCGUCUCUUUCUUUAUAAAUUAACUCUGAUUUUGACUCUUCAGAUAGAGAGAGAGAGAGAUUGUAUAUAUAAAGUGAAGAUUAGUUGAAGAGUGGAGCCUGCAGGUGAAGAAGAAGAAGAAGAUGAAGAAAUGGCGAUUUUCGGGUUAUUUUAAACGCUCAUUCCUCUUCCCCUCUAAGCUCUUUUUUCUCCAUAAGCCUAAAGGGAAUGGAAAUGGGCUGCUGAGCCUCUACAAGGACAUAGAGUCUUGUGGAGAGUACAGAGAUAUUCAAGUGAUGUGGGAUAUGAUUCAGAUUCAGUCCUGUGCUCCCCACAGUGUUCAUGCAAACAGAGGAAGCAGAUUCAGAUUGGGAUUUUCUUCUACUUGGAGAUCAUUCUGCUUCCAGCCAACUUAAGGAACACAAAAUUGCUUUAUCUUCUUCUCUGCACUGCACCACAGAAUGUUAAUAUGUAAAGAGAAAUAGGAAUCACUUUUUGGAAAUGUGAAAGCUUUUCAUUCAAGAUCAUAAAGCUUGCUUGUCUUUGAUUGCAGCUUUGCCCAUGUUUUCAUAUGAUCUGCAGAUGAUGAGAGAGAGCUUUUGAUCGAAACCCACAUGGGAAAUUUUCAUCAGAAUUUGCUGAUGUUCAUGAUCUGCAGAACAUUCUGGUUCCUGUUUGGUUUUUGGUCUGUUUCUUGUUGUGUUGAUGGUCUGGUUUUUUUUUGAAAUUCUGGUCCUUGGUUUUGAGCCAUUCAUUUGCAGAGACUGCAUUGGACAGGAAUGUAAUGCCAAGACCUUAUUUUGGAAGGAAACUAUUAGCUAUCGAACUUAUUAUAUAUUACCCAUCAAAAUUUUAGGAUUGAUCUAUGAGUGCAUGCAUCCACCAAUUAUAUAUCUCAUCUUUUCCCCUCAUGUGAGCUUGUCUUUUUUUUUUCUCUUCAAAACUACAUUUUACUUGCCUUUUUUUUUUCUCUUCAAAACUACAUUUUAUAGUCAUGAUGGCCAUCUACCUUAGAAAUUAUUAAUUCCUAUGUGUUUUCUGACACCAAAUGUUGUAGAGUGAGGUAGUUGUCUCGUGAGAUUAGUUGAAGUGCGCGUAAACUGACCCAGACACUUAUGGAUAUCAAAAAAAAAACUACACCUUACAGCGACUCGUUCCUCGCCGGUAUCAUCUAUGAAAUAUACUGAAUUAACUGAAAACUGAAGAUUCUCAUAAAAAAUGUGGGUCAAAUUUUAUAAGAAUGUUGAGAUAUGGUAAUGAAGAAAUGAAUUGUGGAAGACCCAUUUGAACCCAUUUGGAGAAACUGAGGUCCAUUCCAUUUUGUUUUGGUUCUGUUUCUUGUCUGCCACCUUUUUCUUGAGCUUUCCCAUGUCCUAAUACUCAUUAAUGUGAGAGAAAUAAAUAAAAAUUGUCAUUGGGAGGAAAAGAAUAUGCCUUUUUUUUUUACCAGUUAAGUGAGGAAUCUGAAUUCCUAAAAGAUACUGGGUUUUCAGAAGAAUCUCCAGAAAUUGACAUUAGAUGAUCGAAAUGGCUAAAGACAAAUUUGAUGCUCACCAGAUAAGACCUAGUUCAACAACCUGUCUGUUUCCACAGCUCACCAAGUUCAAAUCCAAAACCAUGUCUCAUUCAUCUUUUUCUGAUAUAAUAUAACCCCAGAAUUAUUCCCAGAAAAUUGGACGAACGAAGAUGAAUAAGCUUGAAUCAACAUGAAUGUAAUCCGAAUCUUUCUUGAUAUUUUACUCAACUUGAAAAAUGGAGGAACAAAAGGCUAUGAUAGCUCCUCUAAACGAUGCUCUGUGAUUAGAAAUAUAUACGCAGAAAAAAUAAAGAAAACAUCACCUCACAAAAGCUAUGGAGCAUGGCGACAACCUCAUUCCAUUGAAACAGAGGUCCAUUUUCGAAGCCAUUUAUUACGCUACAGCCUCUGUUUCUAAUUCUGACCCCUUUUGACGCCAGAGUAUCAUUCUCUGCAACACCAUGGCCACGAGCGUCUCGCACUCUCCUGAUUUCCACCCAGAAAUUUCUGUUUCGCCGCAGACCCACGACGGCCUUUACUUCUGGCAGUUCAUGGUCGCCGGGUCGAUUGCCGGGUCCGUCGAGCACAUGGCCAUGUUUCCGGUGGAUACUCUCAAGACCCGAAUGCAGGCCCUCGGCGGAUCAUCCCCAAUUCAACCCAUCGGGGUCCGGCAAGCACUGAGCUCAAUUCUGAAGCUCGAAGGUCCCGCGGGGCUCUACCGGGGCAUCGGAGCAAUGGGUCUCGGCGCAGGACCUGCACACGCCGUCUACUUCACAGUAUACGAAAUCUGCAAAGAGGGGUUUACAGUUGGAAAUCCGAACAACCCAAUAGGCCAUGCCAUUUCUGGAGUCUGUGCGACGGUGGCGAGCGACGCCGUGAUAACCCCAAUGGAUGUGGUGAAGCAGAGGCUGCAACUGGAAAGCAGUCCUUACAAAGGAGUGGGAGACUGUGUGAGGAGGAUUUUGGUAGAGGAAGGAAUUGGGGCGCUCUAUGCCUCUUAUAGGACCACGGUUUUGAUGAACGCGCCGUACACGGCUGUCCAUUUUGCCACUUAUGAAGUUGCAAAAAGAGGCUUGAAGGAGAUCUCGCCAGGCAGUGACAACGACGAGAAGCUUGUUGUUCAUGCUACGGCUGGUGCAGCAGCAGGGUCUCUCGCUGCUGCUCUCACAACGCCACUGGACGCUGUGAAAACUCAGCUACAGUGUCAGGGAGUGUGUGGAUGCGACAGAUUUUCAAGCAGUUCAAUUGGGUACGUACUUGGGCGAGUGGUGAAGAAGGAUGGGUACAAUGGACUGAUGAGGGGGUGGAUUCCAAGGAUGCUCUUCCAUGCACCUGCUGCUGCAAUUUGCUGGUCCACUUAUGAAGCUUCAAAAACCUUCUUUCAACAGCUACACCAUGACAAUAGUUAAAAGAAGCUGCCCCAUUUACAGCAGUAAACUCAAUAGCAAUACUUUCACAAUAGCAGGAGAGAAGAAAGAGGUUACAAUAAUGAUGUGAAUACUGAGUGUUGUAUUCCAAUAUCAGUGAUGUUAUAUAAUAAAAUAAAAUUACAACUA